UUCGCUUUCUCCUAAACCUGACCGCAAGAGCUUAAGUUGAGGACUUUCAACUUCCAGAGUUACGAAUUACAUCGAUUCAUUGCGUACCCGAACUUAAGCACUAACUGCUGGAAAACAUUUACCAUGUGAUGAAGGUGUUUAUUCGUUUACGAGGAAUUUGUACUGGACGUUCUUGACUUAUGUGAUUCUUUUUGCGUCCUGCAUGGUUAACCUGUUGGGUACAUAACGUCUUCUGGGUAACAUUACACUUAACCAGAUGAAUCAAGCAGUUUCCCUCGGUCUGUUACCAAUGGAUAAAGGCAUAUCUAAUGAGAACCGAUAUGGAUUGUAAGGGAUCCUUCAAGACUGGCUGAAUGCCGUGAAAUUGCUCGAAAUAAUCGGGUAGAUAAUCCGAACUGCGAAUACGUCAAACAACGUGGGUUUACAGGAGAUAUUGGCGCUCUAAGCGGAUAAAUUAAAUCCGGUACACUCAAACGUAUUAAUACUUAACUGGAAUCAAUACUGAAACAUCAUGAGCCGUCUCGGGACACAGAAGAGCAGCUCGCGCUUAGCGAAUGGAAGUCCGUUCAUUUUGGAGCAGAGUACGGAGACUUGGUCUUUUUGGGUUAAAGGUAUCGUUUUAUUCAGUGCUAAAUGCUCGGAAGAGGGCUUUCAGAAAGCCAUGAGACAUGAAAGUAAAGCGACCGGGAAAGUCGCGGACUCGGAGCUGAACUCCGAGUCUCCGGCGUGCGGGAUGAAUGAGAAUCGCCUCGUAAACGCUGCGAAGCCACGCGCGCACUUUACUCUGCUUUCCCAAACCUCCACAUCUGCCGAGGUUACAGAUUCCAGCUUCUCCGAGUGUCAGAGCCCUCUUACCAAGGGCAAAGUUAAAGGGAUUAUUCACAAUCAAGGAAAUACAAGGAAGGCGAUGACGGGGAAAGCGAGGUGCGGGAUGCGGGGUUGGAUUUUUGCCCUUGUGUUCCUCUGGAAUACCCACAUGUUGCGCGCUCAAGACAUCGCUCCGUACUUUAAAACCGAGGUAGGGGGUACACAAACACAUCUGGAGGGGAACAGGCUCGUGCUCACCUGUCUGGCUGAGGGCAGCUGGCCGCUGGAGUUCAAAUGGAUGAGAAACAGAACAGACAUCACUGAAUACACACCGGAGUACAGGUACACGAUCACAUUGUUAAACCGCAAGGAUACGGGUUUGUAUCAGUGCGCGGUGAGGAACAGGAUGGGGGCGCUGAUCCAGACGAGAGCUGAUGUUCGUGUGGCUUACAUGGAUAACUUUGUGGAACUGGAACAGAGAAAAACGGUCUCUCAGGGAAGAGCCGCUGUCCUGAAUCCCCCUGCUGUGAGCAGUUACCCUCGCCCUCAGGUCACAUGGUUCAGAGACGGCUUCAAGAUCAUUCCUAACCAUCGGAUAGCUAUAACAUUGGACAAUCAGCUCGUGGUGUUGGGUACGACAGCAGCAGACGCAGGACGGUAUUACGUACAGGCUGUUAAUGAACGCAAUGGAGAAAACAAAACCAGUCCUUCCAUUUACCUGAGUAUAGCAAUAAACAAGAGGAAUCGUGGUUCCCUUGACGUUAUUGCCCCCGCUGAAUUGGUUGCCCCGGUGAUAGUGAUUGCACCCAAGAACACAUCAGUGGUUGCCGGGGCGAGUGAGGCUACUUUUGAGUGCGUCGCUAAUGCGAGAUCUCUUGACAGGCUGCAGGUGUUCUGGAAGCGUAAUGGGGUGAGACUAACAGCAGGAGUGGACUCAUUCGGUCGCAGGCUGGUCAUCAGUAACCCCACCUCAGCAGACGCGGGUCUGUACGUGUGCGAGACUGCGCUCAGAAACAGCAGUCAGAAGGGCACGGAGGCCAAAGCGUACCUCUCCGUGCUGGAGUCCCCAUACUUCACGUCAAAACCAAAGAGGUCGGUGGUAACGGAAGUUGAGAAAACAGUGGAGCUUCAGUGUCAGGCCAAAGGAAUUCCCACACCAAAGCUGGAGUGGUUCAAAAAUGCCGUCCCCCUCUCCACACUGAACAACCCUCGGUACAAACUCACGUCUUCUUCCAUGGUUCUACAAGUACGGAGAAUUCAGCCGGACGAUGCUGGAAUAUUCCAGUGCUUCGCUGAAAACUUGGCCGGAGAAAUCCAGGCACAUACCAACUUGGUCGUCACAAGCGUGUCACCAUCUUUCACCACGCCCCCUUCUGACAUCACUGUGACUGACGGAGCGUCAGCUGUCUUCACCUGUGAGAUAUCUGGCGCCCCCAAACCUGCUAUUGUUUGGAGGAAAGGUUCUCAGGUGUUAGCGAGCGGAUCGGUGCAGAUACCUCGUUUCACUCUGCUGGAGUCCGGAGGCUUACAGAUACUACCCAUAAUGCAGAGCGACGCAGGGAACUACACGUGUUUGGCGUCUAACUCUGAGGGACUGGUCAACGCCACCGUGGCCCUGACAGUCUUGAGUCGAACCUUUAUUUCAACACCCCCUGAGGAUCAGCGUGUCAUAAAGGGAACUACCGCUGUGCUGAACUGUGCGGCAACCCACGACUCCAGAGUCACCGUCAGAUAUGCAUGGAAUAAAGGAACCAAGCCGCUGAGCGUGUCGACUGGUGGGCGAGUGUCAAUGAAGGAAGGUUCACUCCACAUCAGCCAGACGUGGUCCGGAGACAUCGGCGAUUACACUUGCAGGGUCAUCUCACCAGCUGGAAAUGACUCCAAAACCACCCGACUGGAAGUCAUAGAACUUCCCCAUUCUCCACGUAACCUGCAGGUGUCUCUGAAUGAGACUGACAGCAGGACAGUUCUUCUGUCGUGGGUUCGGCCCUUUGAUGGGAACAGCCCUCUACUGCAUUACAUCAUUGAGCUCUCGGAGAACAAUUCUCCAUGGAAAGUCUACAUGGCUGAUGUUAGCCCGACACUAGCCAGUUUGCUAGUAAUUGGUCUAACGCCAGCAAGAACGUACCAGUUCAGGGUUUGUGCUGUCAAUCAGGUGGGACGUGGACAGUACAGCGCUGAGACAAACAGGCUGAUGCUGCGAGAAGAACCGCCCAGUGCGCCUCCAAAAAACAUUGUGGCGAGCGGCCGCACCAAUCAGAGCAUCAUGGUCCAGUGGCAGCCGCCCCCAGAACCGCAGCUCAAUGGAGUCCUGAGAGGCUAUGUGCUCAGGUAUAGAUUGGCGGGUUUGCCUGGCGAGUUUCAGCUGAAGAACAUCACCAGUGCAGAGAUUAAUUACUGUCUGAUUGGAGAGCUCAUCAUCUGGACGCAGUAUGAGAUCCAAGUGGCUGCCUACACAGGAGCGGGCCUGGGGGUGUACAGCCAGUCUGUCAUUGAAUACACACUGCAAGGAGUCCCCACAGCGCCCCCACAAGACGUGGAUGCCGUUGCGCUCAACUCCACCACCAUCAAAUUCACCUGGACACCACCACCCCAGCAGUUCAUCAACGGCAUCAACCAGGGAUACAAGCUGCUGGUGUGGCCCGAACACUGUCCGGAAUGCAUUACCAUGGUGACCAUUGCCCCCGAGUUCCACGGGUCACGUCACUAUGGUUACGUUAGCAAUUUAAGAAAGUUCACGUGGUAUGAGACGGCGGUGCUGUGCUUUACCACGCCUGGCGAUGGGCCUGCUAGCACACCACAGCUCAUCCAGACACAUGCUGACAAACCGGGCCCCGUGACUCAAGUGAGCUUCACUGAGAUCUUGGACACAUCUCUGAGGAUCAGCUGGCAGGAACCAGAAGACAAGAAUGGCAUUAUCACAGGUUACGUCUUGUGUUGGGAGGAGGACGGUCAGAACGAAACCCGCGUGUCUCAGACUCUAUCCAACUCCACGCUGGCGUAUAAAGUGACCGGGCUCACUUCACUCACCACGUACACUCUGCAGGUCGCUGCCGUAACACAGGCCGGCACCGGCACUGCCACCUCAUCGGCCAUCUCAACAGGACUGCCGCCAGAGCUACCUGGUGCUCCCUCCAAUCUGAUCAUCGCUAACAUCAGUCCCCGCUCCGCCACCAUAAAGUUCCUCCCCGGCAGUGACGGCAAAACUGCCAUCUCCAAAUGGAUCGUAGAAGGACAGGUAGGGACUGUGGGUGAGGAAGAGGAGUGGAAGGUUCUGUUCGAGAAAGACCAUCCGCCAGCCUCAGACACUCUAGAGAUUCCCAAUCUCAUCCCCUUCACUCAAUACAGGUUCAGGAUGAAGCAGGUGAACAUUGUGGGUUCGAGUCCCUUCAGCGAGCCCUCUCGUAAGAUGCAGACUCUGCAGUCGAAUCCAGAUGUGGCCCCGGCAGAUCUCAUAGUGUUUUCUCCCAGUGAAACCAGCCUGAGGAUUCGCUGGGAGCCUCUCCCAGAGCCAGCUUAUAACGGAAACCCCGAAAGUGUGGGAUACCGUGUGCGCGCACAGAGAGCAGACGGGCUCGGGACGCCCCGAAUGGAGACGGUCUCUGAUCGCCUGUCUCGAGAGGUGACAGUGGAGGGACUUGAUGAGUGGACGGAGUACGAGCUGAGCGUUCAGGCCUUCAACGGCAUCGGGCCUGGACCCUGGAGCAGUUCUGUGCUGGGCAAAACUAAAGAGUCAGUUCCCUCUGGUGCCCCAGAAAAUGUGACCACUGAAGCAAUGAGCUCCACGAGUGUAUUGGUCACCUGGGGUUUAGUCCCUGAGCACCAGAAGAAUGGACACAUCCUUGGUUACAAG